AUGGCGCCUGCAGCAAUGAAUCUGCUCUGCACGGGACUCUACCUGCUCUCUUCCCUUGCCCAGGUGACAGAUGCAGCUCCAUGGCUGUUUUCCCGGAGCGUCCCCCGGUCAUCGACUCAUCAUAAUGGCCGCUUAGGAGCCGUCGCCAGUGAGAAUUCCAUGUGCAGUGAACACGGUGCCGACAUGUUGAAACUAGGCGGCAAUGCUGCAGAUGCUAUGGUCGCUACCGUCUUCUGUGUCGGUGUUACUUCUAUGUAUCACAGCGGCAUCGGCGGUGGUGGCUUUAUGCUCAUCCGCGCGCCAAAUGGUACCUAUGAGUUUAUCGACUUUAGAGAGACUGCCCCCGCUGCGGCAUUCCAGGACAUGUUCAAGAACAACACUGAUGGUUCUACUUCUGGCGGCCUCGCAAGUGGUGUACCUGGUGAAGUUCGCGGCUUAGAAUACCUCCACAAGAACUAUGGAAAGCUGCCCUGGAGAACCGUUAUGGAACCCGCCAUCCGCACUGCUCGAGACGGGUUCCGUGUCACCGAAGACCUCGCGCGCAUCAUGGCAUCUGCCACAAAGAGUGGGAACUUCCUUUCUGACAACCCUACUUGGGCUGUCGAUUUUGCACCACAAGGAUCCCUUCUCAAGGUCGGUGACAUCAUCACCCGUAGACGCUAUAGUGACACCCUGGAUAAAAUUGCCAGAUAUGGUGCCGAUGCGUUCUACACUGGACCUAUGGCGGAGGCUAUGGUCAAUGCCGUCCGUGCAGCAAACGGCACCAUGACCCUCGAAGACUUGAAGAACUACACCGUUGCUUCUAGGCCGACUGCCCAAAUUGAGUACCGUGGUAUGACAGUCACCAGCACAACUGCUCCCUCUAGUGGAGUCGUGCUCCUGAGUAUCCUGAAACUACUCAACGGAUACACGAAAUUAUUCCGUUCCGACCCUGUGCCACUGAGUAUUCAUAGAAUGGAUGAGGCCAUCCGAUUUGGAUACGGACAGAGAACCGAGUUGGGCGAUCCGCUUUUCUUCCCUAAUCUCACCGAUUACCAGAAGAAAAUGAUUUCUGACGAGGUUGCCAACCACAACCGUAUGAACAUCUCCGACAAAUAUACGCAGGAUAUAGGGGUAUAUGACCCCAAGGGCCUCGAGAGCUUGAACACCCCCGGAACCUCCCACAUUUCUACUGCCGACCGCACUGGUAUGGCCGUCAGUUUGACAACAACAAUCAACCUCUACUUUGGUAGCCGUGUUAUUGUCCCCGAGACCGGAAUCAUCAUGAACAACGAGAUGGAUGAUUUCUCCAUCCCCGAUCGCAGCAACUCCUUUGGUUACAAGCCCUCACCUUCCAACUUCAUCCGCCCAGGCAAACGACCCCUCUCCUCCAUCUGCCCUACUAUCAUCACACGCCCAGACGGUUCGCUGUUCUUCAUCAGCGGUGCUGCAGGCGGCUCGCAGAUCAUCACUGGUACCCUCCAAAGCGUGGUGAACGUCAUGGAUAGAAAAAUGAAUGUUCGACAAGCCCUUAGAGCUCCGCGACUACACGAUCAACUCGUUCCUAACGUUGUUCUGAUGGAGGAUGAAUUUGAUAAGAGGACCGUGCAGUUUAUGAUUUCACGAAAACACAAUGUCACCAGAGAGAAGUCGGGGAGCACAGUCGAGUCUAUCAUGAGAUUGAGGAAUGGCGUUUUCGAAGCCUCUGGAGAACCACGACUAGCUAACUCUGGAGGAUUUGUCGUUUAG